GAACUUCAGAAGUGGCUGUGCUACAUUUCUUCCUACUGCAAUGCAUGGUCCAUCACUGCCAUCCGUCCUCAAGUCGAAGCCUGCGACCCAUGACACAACGACUACGCCUGAUCAGCUAACAGCUGGUCUCGCGCGUGUCACCUCUCCUCAAGAGACACCGAUAUAUAUUUGCGCAUUUCAAGAUUGUAACAGACUGUUCCCUUCGCGCGAUCGUGUCAUGCUGCACCGUAAACGUGACCACAGUUCAGAAGACGAUAGAGAUAUUAUUACAUGGAACGAAUAGCAGCCCAUUGGCUCAACAUGUUCCAGACAGCACGUAUCCCGGGCCAUGCCCUGACUUCUAGGACACCGCCAACUUGCGAGCCACGCAGCCCUUGAAACAGCAUCUUUUCUGAUUACUCCACCGACAGAUACAUUUAUCUCAAUUUUGGCCAGAAUCAGAUGUGAACCAUUGCAAUUGAACACCACGAAAGCAUUGUACAAAUCUAGUGCCACAGAAACGCACAACAAGAGCAAUAAAAACAGAGAGUAUCACGAAUUGAAUUACGUGAAGUGCACUCGGAUCCGCUCCCGGUAUGCUUGAUCCAACUCUUCGAGGUCCAUGCAAAUCCACCAGCUCUUGAGCGCGGCGUACACAGUCGCACGGUCCCGAGGGUCCGAGACAAGAAGGUGCGAGACGAGGAUCUUGGCUACACAUCCGCAAAUAGUCAGGGGAUCGGUCGUUAAUUCGAAGGAUGCAGUUUGUGGAGGACUGAAGACAGUAAGUAAUCCUGGGCACGCAC